AAUUUCAUUUAUCAAUGGCAGGAAAACCUCUGUCUGCCCCUUGGACAUUUUGUAGACUCCACCUUUUGAAGGGGGUUCUCGUCACCAUUGGUCCUCACAUUCAAAACAUUGUAAAUGGCUCUUUGAACUCAGGGUCUUUCCAAUCAAUCAAAUUUUAUUUGUGUAGCCCAUAUUCAGAUAUCACAAUUAAUCUCAUAGGGCUUAACAAUGUGUCACAUCUUCUGCCCUAAUCCCUCAGCAAGAGAAAGAAAAUACAACCCCCAAAAAACAAGGAGAAACUGGGAAAUGAUUCCACAGGAGAAGAGCUUGAUAGAUGAAAGCGCUGGCUCAAAAUCCAUGUUCAGAGACUUUAGGGACAACAAGUUAGCCUGAAUUCUUUCACUUAAGUGUUGUGAUAUGGUACUAUGAGUCACUUAAGUUAUGAUGGUGCCUAGAGGUUAGGUUCUUUACUAACCUCACGAUUUGAUUACGAUUCAGCAGUAUUUAAUUCACAAUUUCAAUGUAUCACAUCCAAAUUUUUCUAUAUUGUUGGACAUAGCUGCUUUUUCAGGAACUGAACUCCGUUUUUAUCUAGCAAGUGCUUUUAAAGUAUUAUAGGCUGUUGCUGGUAUUACAAGUGUACCGUAAAUUACACAAUAAGGUUUUAAAUUCAAAAAUCUGGUGAAUGACAGUGGUCAGUGCUCUCCACACUGAUUUGACAUGCGGAUCGCUCCAUCACUUUAAUCCUGAUGUCCUGGCUGUGUGUCACGUAUAAAGGCAGGGGUGGGCACAUUUUUUGACUCGUGGGCCACAAUGAGUUCUAAAAUUUGACAUGGGGGCCGGGCCAGGAACAGAUGGAUGGAGUGUUUGUGUGAAGUAAUAUUAAUGACAUGUAAAAUUCAUUACAUGAAAGGAUUUGGCCUUUACAGGUAGCAAAGCAUUUAUUUGCAGGGCAAUUUAACAAAUUUCACGAACAUGAACAAUUCAAAAACAUGUCGUAACGUGACUUAUCAAACAUCAUGAAAACAUCUGAGGCCUGCGCCCAAACCAAUUACCUCACUUGAAUUUCUUUGUUAUCUACAUUAACAGGUUAGAGCAGGGGGCUGUGUGUCAGAGAUUUGGUUCCAACCUCUUUGCAGCAACACAUCAUCACUUUCAGUUUCAGUGGGAAUAGUGUUGUUGAUCUCCCAUUUUUGCCAGUGCAUCCAAGUCUGGAGUAUAUAGCAAUUCUCAGUAUAGAUCCUAGGUGCUGAUCCGUUAACUUUGAUCUUUGACGGGUUUUGUUGUCGUUCAUGACGCUGAAUGUCUGCUCAUACACAUAAGUCGAGCCAAACAAAGUCAGCAUCUUCAGUGCAGUCCUCCAGAGGUUUUGAAACUUGGCUCUGUUAAGUGAAGCAUAAAAGUCAUUCAGUUUAACAGAGUUGAACUUCUCCUUUAGGACGGAGUCAGACUAAAGAUCUAUCAGUUUCAAAUGCAGCUCCUGUGGGGCUGUUUCAGGGUCUGGUGACAGGGGACAGGACACCAGCUGAAGUGACUGUUCAAUGUUUUCGAAAUCAGAGACCCUAGGCAUGAAUAUUAAAUUAUGCAGCUGACCAAUGGGUUUCCACAGUGAGUCCUGAUGGAGUCUCGGCAUCAAGCGAUGAGAAGGAGGAAGCGAAAUUUCCUGACACUGACAGAGGUAUUUGUUAGUGAGGUGGAGAACGAUAUAUGGGACAGUAGUGAUGUCACUAAUAAUGAAAAUACACUGAUACUCUGCCGCUGCUGUGGAUAACACACUGUGUGAAAUCAGUCAUCGCUGAACCCUUUGUUCUUCUUCAUCAUUUCAUUCAAAUGCACACAUCACGCAGAACCCCGCACCAAUGUCACAGCAGUAUACUUUACCUCCACUCCGGGAUAUUAUUCGGAAAGUUUUCUAAUUUCUUGUAAGUGAUCUCCUGUGCGCUCUGUGCGCCUGAUGGCACAGUCACGUUCACUGCAGCGAUUUGAUGAUACACGCACAUUGUUAUAAGAUAUAUUUAAAAACCAGUGGCGGCUGGCCAAUAGGGGGCGCUAGGGCGCCGCCCCACCUGAUUGAAAGUGAUUUUUAAAAAUUAUUUUUUUUUUUUUUUUUUUCAAAAUAAUAAUUUAAGUACUGCUUAUUCUACAAAUAAAUAUGUUUUGAAUCAUCAAGAACCAGUCAUACAUAUAAUAUAAACUAUUAGUUAGGGGAUAAUUUGUGUCCAUGGUCAUUUCUCCUCCCUCUUGGGGCGCUGGGAAAGUGGCCCGAGCACUGCAGCAGCUCAGCCAAUGGUAGGCUGUUGCUGAGGCAAAAAAACACAUCGCAACGGGUAAAUUAGCCAAUGAGCGUCAUCAAAUUUGAUAAGCUUGGGGCGCUAAAAAUAGCGCCCCAAGCUUUAAGUAUGAAGUAAGAACCAGUGUUCGAAUUACGUGGGAGCCAGAGGGAGCCGAGCGCCCAGAGAGUGAGGACUAGCUCCCAUGAAAGCAACAAAGUCCAAAUCUGAGGGGGUCUCUCAUAUCUCCCAUAGAGAAUCUGAAGCUGUCUGCCAUACCUAAAGUGUAAAGAUGCUAAUUAAAUAACUGUUGAUAAAGCAAGGGGAUAUGGUUGGGCAAUCAUAUGUCUACAAAGUUUCAGUAAUAAGUUAAAAAAGAAAAAUAGGUAGAGUUUAGUCAAUCUAACAUGCUAGUUAGGUGAAAUGGUCAGCAGUUGGUGGUAAUGAACUUCACUCAAGAAUAGUGACUCCCUAUUGGUUGAGAGGCGGGAUCUAAACAAACACACGGGAGAGCACAGAGAGAAAAACUGAUGAGAAAGGAGACCGACUUUGUUGAACUAACAGUGAAGUAAAAGAGGGAAAUUAAUAAGGAUGCUACAGCAGUAUUAAGAAGGUGACGCCACUUUCAGUUUUGUACCUAAGAGUUUUUUGUUUUCAUUCAGCUCGCGAAAGGGCACAGUAUUCUAUGUUCCGUUUUGGAGUUAUCUAGCUGGCUCAGUAUUGUGCACGUGUACAGUGCUAGCUGAUUUAGCGGAGGUGUACCGCCGUCAUCUAGCAAGAUGACGUGCUGCUCAGGUAGCACCCGAGCAACCCGGACGCUAGCGGUUCCUUUGAGGCAGCCUACGUGGGAGCUACGCCACUGAAUAAGGCCGCUAGCUACCGGGAACGCUAGCGGUUCCAUUCAGCUACGUGGGACGACCAGUUGGCCAGGAACGAUUGCCGGUUACACGAAUGUGUACUAUGAAUCAUCUGUUUUGUAUCAGGGACUCCGUUCCUCUAUCUGUGCAGCAGCCAUCCACAAAGAAACGGAGGGCCCUAGGCCAAGAGGAGCAGCACCGGUUAGCUACAGAGGUAUGUGAUACCAUUCUGAAUCAUGCCAAGGAGAGGUUCUCUUUCACCAAGCACCUCAUCAGUGCCACUCUGCUGCAAGGAGACUUGUUCCCCCAACACAGCGUAAAGUUCCCAGAUUCAGCGCUGGAAACCACUGUGGAAGCCUACCCCACACUGGACAAGGCCAAACUGAAGACAGAAUUGUCCCUGGUCUAUGAAAAUGAAGAGUUCAUGGCUUGCAGUGGCGCACUGGCUCUCUUCCAGGUUUUCAUGGAAAACAACCUUCAGGACACAUUCAGCGAGACUAUUGCUCCCGGACUGACAGAGCAGAACCGAAGGAUGAGCUCACCACGCAGACAACUGAUUCAGAUGCUGGCAGUAUGGAGCUGGAGGAGGAGGCUGGAUGUUUCCCUUUACCAAGUCCCUGGCUUUAACUUCAGGACCUUCUGCUCAACCGCUUCAGGAUCAGACCCUAUCCAGAUCCACAAGAGGAAACUCUUCCUGUGGUUCAGCCACCUUCCUCAGGAGGAAACAAUUUUUGGAGGCUACUUCAGUCCAGAAACCAUGCAUGUGGAUCCACUAAUCCUGGAAAGAAAAGACGAGGAGAGAACAGGACUACUAAGCACCCCUCCACAAACCCUGAAAAUCACUAGUCACUCUGUGACAGUGGAACAGCUAUUUGAGCCCACUGAUGCCUGGAGUGAUGGUAAUGGGGUAAAUGUGCUACUGUACGGGGCUGUGGGAACAGGUAAAAGUACAGUGAUCAGAAAGCUGGUUCUGGAUUGGUGCAGAGGGAUUACCCUGACCCACUUCAAGCUGCUGGUGCCUUUCUCUUGUGAGGACCUCAGCCAACUGUCAAAGGUUGCUUCCUUAAGGGAUCUGGUGAGCAGGAAGUACCUCCACCUGAGAAAACACCCCUUGCUUAGUGGGGAGGGAAAUCAGGCCAAGGAUGUUCUCUUUCUCUUCAAUGGGAUUGAGAAGAUGGACCUAGACUUCCGGAUUGGAUCCACAGAGCUCUGCAGUGAUCCUAAUGAGGUGCUGUCUCCAGAUGUAGUGGUGGUGAACCUGCUGCGGAAGUACCUCCUGCCUGAGGCCAGCAUAUUGGCGACCACAAGACUGUCUGCCCUUGACCGUAUCCCGCAGAAGUAUGUGAGUCGUUAUGCACAGAUUUGUGGCUUCAGUGACCCAGACCGUCAGCGAGCAUACUUCACCAGCCGCCUACUGCAGCAGAGUGGCAAGACUGCACGUGAUCAUGAGGCCAACGCUCUUAUAGAGCUGCUGUACCUCAACCUCCAGAGAGAGAGCCAGUUGGCUGCAGCCUGCUUUUUGCCCUCUUAUUGCUGGCUUACAUGUGCUACCAUGCACUUCCUCCAUUUUACAGAUGCCAAGGCACCAAUCCGCACACUGACUGGCAUAUACACCAGUUUCCUCAGACUCAACUUUGGGGGUGAGGUGCUGGGCACAAAUGUGAAUAUUCAGGAACACCAGAACUCUUUGAUGCUGUAUGUGGUCCGUACCAUUGGUAAACUCGCAUUUGACGGUGUGACGUACAAACGAACAUCAUUCUCAGAGAAUGAACUAGAGCAGUGGAUAGGAGGGAAGACCAAAACGGAUGAGGAGCUACAUCAGUUGGCCAUGUUCCGGACUGAUGUGCUUGACUUCUUCUUGGCUCCUUGUGUAAAAAGAUCUAAGCAUUUACAUGAAGCUCCAAGUGAAGAUGAUCAAAGUUGGUAUGUAUUCGCUCUCCCAGCCAUGCAGGAAUACCUGGCCGCUCUCUAUGUUGUUUUAGGAGAAAACAAAUCAGCUCUGGAGAGGCUGACCAGGCAGGUGUCUCUGACAAUUGGACAGGCAAGCGAGGACGUCAGUGCCAUCUUCAACAUCGUCUCUAAAUUCAUUCCUAUUAGAAUAUUUGCUGUGUUCAACCUCCUCAAGCUUUUUCCAAAGUUUUAUGAGAAAAUCAGCAACCACAAUAAAGGCAACAUAGCCAGAACCAUGGCAGCUGAGAUGUUCCGCACCGAGGACAGCUGCAAUGAGGAUGUCCUGGAUCAGAUGGAGCAAAGUCUUUUAGGAGUCCAAGGCCCUCAGCCACAGCAGCAAAGUGAAAGCCAGCCUUUUGAACUCUACCCCAUCUUCAUGGGUGGACUUUUGCAUUAUGGUAACCGUGUCCUUCUCCAGCAACUUGGCUGCAGUAUCCAGAGCUCCACUGUGGUCCAGAUCACAAAUGCCCUUAGGAAGCACCUUGUGAAGGAGCUCAGCAAACCACAGCCACCAGAGGAGUUGAUGGAUCUGCUCGUUCUUCUGUAUGAGUUUCAAAACCCCAGACUAACAGCAGAGAUUCUGGCCUCAAUCAGAACCAUCCACCUCGCCAACAUUCGUAUGACGUCACUCAAAUGCUUCAUACUGAGCUCUGUUAUCUCAUGCACCCCUACAAGUUAUCACCUUGAAGAGCUGGACCUGUCCUCCUGUCUACUCACUCAAGACAUGCUUCAGAUGCUGUGGCCUGCCUUCAGACACACCCAUAAUCUCAAUCUGCAGUUUAACAGCCUGGGUCCUGAAUCCUGCAUCGUCUUGGGAGAUCUGCUACGAGAUCCAAAGAGCUCUAUUAGAUCUCUACAACUUUGUGGCAACCCUCUGGUGGAAUCUGGAGCCUGCAUCCUGCUGGAGGCCCUGCCAGAAAACCAUUCCCUGACAAACCUGUCCCUGAUGCAUACUGGGCUGGGGGACAAGGCGGCCCUGGAGCUGGCUGAGAGACUCCGAGAGCAUAAGGUCCUCCAGGAGCUAAAUGUUGCCUAUAACAACAUUGGAGACAAUGCUGCGCUGGCUCUGGCGGAUGCCUGCAGGGAACACCCCAGCAUUCACACUUUACAUGUGUAUCUGAACUCCCUCAGUGAUGCGGGGAAGCAGUCCUUGUAUGUCAGAGGUGUUCCAAGUCACAGCGGAAGUGGCCGGAAAGUCAAGGUCCUUACUUCCGUCACUGAAGGCUCAGAUAUUUCCGAGGACUGGCACCCCAUCCUCAGUGUGAUACGAAAGAACACCUCAUCCUGGGACCGCCAACGUGUCAAGCAGCAGCUCCAGGUCUUCCUCCGGGAUCUUGAGUGGGGGCGUCAGCAGCAGCAGAGCUUCUGGAAGAGGUUACAUUUCCGUAGGGUGGAGAAGGGGGUCCGACAGACCCUGCAAAUGCUAGAGAAGGACACCAUACGCAAAUCCACUGGAUACAACAAAUAAUCAGUAAAAAAAACAAAUAGAGGUGAAAGGGCAAUACAAAUCCUCAGCAGCAUUGUACAUUUAAAUAUAUUUACAAACUGACCGCAAGCCCUGGCAUUCAUAUUUUACUGGACCUGUAUCACUUACACCAUGUUUUAAUCCUAGAAGUAGGGAGUGGUGAUGCUAGCAGAUGUAGCGAUGCGAACAUGCCAUUGGUUGGGAGCUUGUGUGCAGUGUGGGUGUUUCUAGUAGGUGCGUGCAAAUGUGACCCAGCUCCAAAGGAAGACAUCGGAGGACAUUUAGGCAAAAAAAAAAAUAUCACAGUUUUGAGUUGAAUUGGAAUGUCUGGGCUUGGAUGACACCACAAGAGCAGUAUGGAGGCAUAUUGUUUGUGUUACUUAAAUUGUAUUGUAUUUGGCUUCAACAGUUUUUAUUCCUGAUAUCCCUUAAGUGUUAUUUGGACUCAAACACCCAACACUCCAUCGGCAUAAAGUAGAUAAUGAGUGAAUUGAAAUUUUAUGGCGAACUACCCCUUUUAAAUUCAAUUUUAUUUGUAUAGCGCCAAAUCAUAACAUCACAUUACCUAAAGGCACCUCACAUGGUAAGGAUGUGUUAUUUUUUAAUUAUUUUGGUUAAUCAGGAAACAGCAAUAAAUAUUAUAAGGGAUCUGAUGUAUUUUCCCAGGAAGACAAACACAGACAUGAUCUGCCCUACCCUGCCUAUGAUUGGCUUACUCUGAUAUACGUAUCCUAACUAACCAAUCACCACUCACACCAGUCACACCUAAACGACCAAACCCAACCAGCAAAAGCAACAAGCAAUGUGAUGCGUUUGUUAAGCUAGGGGGAAAAAAAGGUUUGCAGGACACUAUUGAAUUUAAUUAAUUUUUUUAAGUGCCCAAUCAUAAUAUACAUUAUCUCAAGGCACUUUAGAACACACUACUGACUGAUGUGCGCCACAGGCGAUUUAGAAAUGGGUACAUGCUAUGCUGAUUGAAAAAUAAGUUGCUAUAUGACAUAUACCUAUGUAUAACCUGCACUCCACCACUGGUUUUUGGUCAUCCAGGCUUUGAAGUCCUUAAGACAUUCCUGAAGUUGAACUAGGUGAUUAGAUUCAUCAGGCAUCAUAGAUAAGUACAUCUGGGUGUCUGGGAAUAGCAAUUUAAGUGUUGCUUUCUAAUAAUAUGCCAGAAGGAAGUAUAUACAUUUUGAAAAGUAUCAAUCCUAGGACAGAGCCUUGUGGAACUCAAUGACAAACAUGUUUUGUGCAUUGAGGAGUCAUUGUUAACAUUAGAACAUUUUUAGUAUGAUGGUGUCAAAUGUGGCAAUAAGAGCCAACAGAACUACUAUAGAGACAGUCAAUUAUCUUAGGCCAUGAAUAUGUCAUUGGUAAAUUUUAACAGUGCUGUGAUAAUUGAAAGUCCUCAAACAAACCGCAUUUGUGCAAGUUCUUGCAUAACUGUUAGAAACAGAUUUGUCAAGGAUUUUGAAAAGUUUGAUUUGGGUCUAUAAUCAACUAAAUAUCUGGAUCAAGAUUGGGCUUUAUAAGCACUUUUUUAAUUAUAGCUGACUGAUAUGCUUAAAGGUUUAAAAAACAAGUUAAUCUUGUGAACAUAAUGAAUCUCAAGAUCGUCUAUGACCCACAGAGAUGAAAUCCCUAGAACCCCAACAGUCAGGUAAAAACACCUUGGAUUAGAGGUGAACAUGGAAAGCAACAGCAAGUCUUUACCAUUAAUACAUUUAUAACUCCUGAAGAGUUGGAUGACUGGCAAGCUUUACAGAUUCAGUAGGUCAUAAUUCUUUCAAGGCAACAAGAACCAGACAUAAUGUAAUGUUGAAGUUAUGAUUGUGCUACAGUAGUCUGUAGGAAUAUUGACUGUAUGAAUAUGAAAUGUGCAUUAACAAAUAAAUAUUUUCAAUCAAUUGAUCAAA